AAUAGUUCAUGUGUAAUCAAAUUCUACUUAAGAAUUUUACUUAUAAUAGUCAUGAUAAUAAUGUAAAAGUGUUUGUAAAUAUAUAAUUUACAAAAAAGUGUAAUUCAAAAUGUAUUUUUCCAGAAAAUCUGUUUUCUUUAAGAAAAUUGUACUUUAACCGUUUUAGCGCCACGCAGCGCGAUCGCGUCGUUCGCGUACUCUGGUGAACUGUGUCAUGAUGUUUGGUCACGAUCGUCAAUUCGAAGCGCUAUCGCGCUGCAUAGCAAAAUCCGACACAGAUUCUUCAAAACCCCUGGCACUAAAACGGUUAAUGUGUAAUAUAUCCUUAUUUUGUAUCUAAUGUUUCUCAUUGUAUUGUAUUCAAAUGAUAUGUUUAUGUAUCAUAAUAAAUUGACAUGUAUAAAUAAAUUUUAUGUUUGUCAAUAUUUAUUACGCACUAAAAUACAAAUUUUCUUCCAUUUCCAACGAAAUAUAAAUUUUUAUAUUUAAAUAUAAAUAUUUGAUUUGUUAUUAGAAAGCUGAUUAAACUAUAAAGUUCAUAAAUAUAAGUAGUUGUUAUGGCGACAAUUUUCCAAACAUUUAGGUUCAAGUACAGUAUCUACACAAAAUUAAAGUACACAUACAAUAUGCAACCACUAAAGAUAAUUGUUACAGGACCUAUUAGGAGUGGUAAAACAACGAUAUCUAAUUUUCUUGCCGAUGCUACGGAAAUACCCUAUGAUUAUCAUCCAACUAAAGGUGUCCGAAUAUUAGAAUUCGAAGUACAAAACAUAAAUGUGAAUAAUAAGCAUAUCACAAAAGAUAUUGAAUUAUGGGACUGUAGUGGAGAUCAUAAAUUUGAAAGUUGUUGGCCAGCUAUAAGAAAAGAUGUGCAUGGUGUUAUACUUGUAUAUAAUGAAAAAUCAAAUGAAUGUUUGAAAGAAAUUCAACAAUUAUAUGAUUAUUUUAUUGAUCAAACAAAAUUAGAUCCAGAUAGAUGUGCAAUUUUCUGUUAUGAUCCAGAAAAAAGAAAUCCAGAAAUAUCAAAAAUUAUUUCUUCAACAUUUAUGAAAGUAUCUCAUGUUAAAUGUAAUAUAGAAAGUGGUGGAAGUAAGUUAAAAGCAGAUUUUGCAUCAUUCAUAAGUACAAUACUUAAUAAAAUGCAUAAUUGCACAAAUCAAGAAGAUAAAAAUAUUUUAAAUGAAAACAUAUUGUUUGCAAAAUAAUAUUAUUCAAUAGCAUAAUAAAUUUUUAUCAUCUGUUUUUAGGAAUUAUAUUCAAAAAUUUAUUUUUGAUAUGAACAUUUUAUUGUAAGAAAAUCAAUUAUUAUCCUUUUACAAAAUAUUUAUGAACCUNUCACAUUCUGUGCAUUAUAAUUAUAGCAUACUUACACGUAAAUAUUACAUAUUGUAUAUAAAAGUUUAGAUUUACUAUAUAACAUUAUUUUGUUUGCGCGAUAUGUACACACUGUAAUAAUAUAAUCAAAUAUACUUCCUAUCCCCAAA